CACCCCAUUCUUUUUUAAAUGUGCUGAUCGUGGAAAGAAAGAAAGGACUGGGGCUGCGAUGGCGCCAUCGACACGGACACGGCAAGGCGCAGAAUGGUGUGCUCGACUCCAAAUGCUCGUUCUCACCAUCUCCUGGUCGCCCCCACAUCAACGCACGGCAAAGUCCAUUUCGCUUCGUCGUCCUCGUUCUUAGCCGCGGCCGUUGUGUGUGGGUCUAUGCGUUCGUCCGGUCCAGCAGGCCCGGCCCGGAUGGGCCGGGCCUGCUGGAAUGACGAAUAAAUGUACAACGCCCCAACCCUUCUCAUCUUUAGUCACUCUCAUCACGCUCGCCCUUGCUCAUCGCAGGCACCUCGCCCCCUGCACCCGUGCUACGUACAUAAUACAUUCUGCUACUUCUUCCAGCGUCGUUUGGCCCACCCCAUGUGCAAAGACUCGUGAGUAGAGCAAGGGUUGGGAGAAGCAUGUCUACCGUCAAGUCCAUCUCGCGCAUCUUCAAGGGCAAGCGACGAGCCACCUCCACCGUCGCCGGCGACACGCACCCGUCUUCCCCUCCGCCGGCAGAGCAAGUACACACAGACGCCUCACAGAAUGGCGCAGCUAGCACGUCUACUUCACACACUCUAUCAGCGUCGCGCAGCCUCUUCUCUCCUGGCGCAAAUCUGCGCAUCACAUCCUCUGCGCUGCAUUCCCGCCGCGCCGCCGACGACAUUGAGCCCUCCCCCUCCUCCUCAGCCCAGCAGCAGGAUGAGCGCGCGCAGCGCACAGACCAAACAACACCACCACCACCACCAGCGGCAGACGCGGACGAGGCGUCUUCUGCUUCUUUAAGCAGGGAAAAGGGCGCCGGCGUCGUCUCGCUGCCUGGCUCGCGCCGCACGUCACUCGCCGGGCCCUCGCCCGGCGCCAACGGCUGGGACGGCGGCUCGCAGCAGCAACAGCCGCGCCUGAAUGGCAGCACAGACGCAGAUGCUGAUCGCGCAGCCGUGCGCAGAGACGGCCCGAUACCGCCGUCGGGCGGGGCGAAGCAGCGCACCGUCGCGUGGCGCGCGGACGUGUCUGCGUCGAGCAAGGGGGACGACGGCGACGCCAACACCGACGAAGAGAAUGCGCAAGAUCAAGGGAAAGGUCGCAUCCUAGACGCCAUCGAGUUCUACCACCAAGGCGCGCCGUACUUCUGGCUCAGCAAUUCCAGCGAGCAUGCCGUCGUGCUCGACGGCGUCAAGUAUCCUACUGCUGAGCACCUCUUCCAAGCGUCCAAGUUCCCACACCGGCCGGAUCUGGCCGCGCGCAUCCGCAAGGCGCCGUCGCCGAACGCAGCGCUGCGCCUGGCGCGCACGCACGUGCAACAGGUGCGCCCCGGUUGGAUCCGCGACGGGAUCAACGUCGCAUCGAUGCGGCAGAUCUUGCUGCUGAAGUUCACCCAGCACUCGGUCCUGCGUGACCAACUGCUGCAGACGGGCGAUGCGUGCCUCAUCGAGGCCGCGCCCAACGAGGUCUUCUGGGGCAGCGGCCUCGCUCUCGGCCACGGCAGCCUCACGGGUAAUUACAGGGGCCGCAACGAGAAGGGCAAGGCGCUCAUGCGCACACGCGACACCCUCCGCGUCACCGCCGGCCUGGGGUGGGGCAGCGCAGCGCUGACAGUCUGAGUGACCGAGAGCAGCGUGUCGCGGCGGCUUCAGCCAUGCAUGCCAUGCCGACAUCCAUCCAUCUAUACACCCAAAAAUACGUACAUACAGAGGUACAUAUAUUUAUAUGCAAAUGUACAUGCAUCGUCCACACGAGCGUGGACGCGGUACAUUUUGCAAUUGCAUCGCAUCCGAACCGGUCCUUGUCCUUUCCCUACUCGCAUCGAAUGUUUCGCG